UUCUCAAGCUCACUACUCAAUUAUUGAAUCCUCCCACAUAGACAGGCAAACUGCCAUUAAAUCCCAGAAUUCGGCCCUCUCUAGAAACAAGGAAAGAAGAACAAGGGAGAGAGAGUAGAAGCAAGAAGCACCGAUCUGUUUAUUGGAUAAAUUUAUCGGAUUUCAUAUAACAGACGAUUGAGCAUGUCAUCAAGAAGAGAGAGAGAUCCAGUUUCUGUCCAAAUCGACGAUAAGCUUCUUAGAUUAUCUGAUUCAUCUUCCAAUGGUUGCCUCUACAGAGUCCACAAGCGAUUACACAAAGUCAAUCCCUACGAGCCAGCUAUCGUCGCCAUUGGACCGUAUCAUCGCCGCAAUAAUGAACUGCAAGACAUGGAGAAGCAGAAGCUCAGGUACUUGCAGCAGCUUCUCUAUCGAACCAGAGACACUGUGGAUGAAUAUGUGACGGAAAUUCGAGAAUUGGAAGAAAACGCAUGGGAAUUUUAUCAUCAUGAAACAAGCGGUUUUAACAGGGAUGAGUUGGUGGGAAUGUUGGUUCUUGAUGGUUGCUUCAUCAUCGAGCUAUUUCGGAAGUAUAGCAUCAACGGAUUGUCAAGAGAAAGUGACACAAUUUUCCAGUCGGAGCAACUUCGAUUUGCCCUAAGGCGAGACCUGAUUCUACUCGAGAACCAGCUCCCUUUCUCCGUUCUCUAUUACUUGUUCAGCAAAACUAGGCGUCCUGACGAAGAAGGCGAUCUCAUCCCCUUGGCCCUAGCGUUUCUCGAGCGGAUCAUGCCGAACGAGAAACUGACAAUUGUGAAUAACACUCAACCGGAAGAUCUCAAGCAUCUUCUUGCACUAGUUCAUGCCAGUUGGGGCCACCAACUCUCCCCAGCUCCCAACGUUCCGGACGAAAAGUGGAAGUUCGUGAAUUCGGCGACGGAGCUGAAAGAAGCCGGAGUGGAGUUCAAGAUAUUGGAAACGAGAAAUGUCUUCGACAUCCGGUUCAUCGAUGGCGUUCUCAAGAUCCCUCGUUUGUGCAUCGGAGAUUACACAGAGUUCCCCCUCCGAAACCUCCUCGCCUACGAGCAGUGUCAUCUUCAACGCCAUCAGAGAAAGUACGUUAGCGACUACAUCGCGUUCAUGAAUUGCCUGGUGAAUUCGCCGAGAGAUGUUCAGCUGCUCCGCCACAGCAAGAUCAUCGACAGCUGGGUCGCCGACGACGCGGCGGUUUACGCCUUGCUGAAAGAUGUGUACAGAUUCGUGUUGAUUGCUCCCAGGAACUUCAGCUAUUCUCAGGUUUGCGUGAAGCUGAACGGGCAUUGCCGGCGCCGGCAGAACGUCUGGAUGGCGAAUCUGAGGAGGAAUUACUUCAACAGUCCCUGGGCGUUUGUUUCGUUUCUUGCUGCUUGCGUUUUGCUGCUUCUCACUUUCAUUCAGACUCUAUUUUCUGUUCUUUCCUACACCAAAUAAAGAACAGAAAAUAAAGAAAAAAAAUUAGCAAAGAAUGAGAAAAAUUAUUAAAAUUAAUAAAAAAUAUUUGGAAAUAUAUCAAGUGUUUGUAAGAUAUUUCAAGGCUUGUAUCAAAGGAAUAAAUAAGAAGCCAAAAUCUGAUGGCAAGAUUAUCAAUCA